AUGGACCCUAGAUACACAGGAGAGAUAUUGAAGCAUUUGGAGAAGCAAAGUGAGCUCCUUAAGGAAGCCAAAAUAUCAAUGUCUGAAGAAUUGCAUCAGUUGAAGGUAGAAGAAGAAAUGCUGAUGCGCAAGUUCUAUGAGAUCAUGUCAGCUCAUGGUAAAGUUAAAAAGAGUGAAGAUCCCAGUAAAGUUUCAGAUGAUGGUGAAAUUGGAAACUCCACUGCAAUAGUCACUACUACUAGCAAUGAAGAAUGCAGAUGA